AUGUCACUGUCGCGAUUGACAUCGACAUUUGAUGUCAAUGUCGCUUUGUUAGACCCACAACCCUUCAUAGGCCCCAGAAUCCUCUUCUUUUUAUUUUUCUAUUUUUUAGUAUCUCUACGACAAGUCAAUCCUAUCCAACCUCCAAACAACUCGAUUUUAAGAGAUAUCAAAACAGAAAUAAUGCCAUUAUCUCCAGAUUAUUUGCAAUAUAAAAAUAAUACAAAAAAUUUAAAAAUGGAAGCAGUAAAUGAAGGAACUGAAAGAGGAGGAGGGGAAAGAGGAGGAGGACGUUGGAGACACGAUGAUAUCCCUAAGGAGAAGAUUAUUGGAAUUUUGGAAGCUGAAAAGGCUAAAAUACUGGAACAAGAAUCUAAUAAUUAUUUAAAUAGAGAGUUGGGGUUGUCUUCAAUUAAAAAUGGGGAUUUGGUAACAACAACAACACAUACCUCAAGAAGAGGAAAAAGUGUUGGUAAUGUGGAUAAUGAAUAUUCGGUUUCGAAUAAGACUCGUCGUUCAAAAGAUACACUUUCUGAUCAUCAACAACGACCCUCAAAAUCAUUAUCCCCUUCCCGCAACUUUUUUGAUCCUCCAUUUGCCCCAACACAAACACAAAUCGACAAAUAUUCUUCCCAUCAACUCGAUAUAGAAGAUAUUGCUCGACGUAUGCGAGAAUUUAUGUCCAAGAAUGCAAUAAGUCAAAGUCAGAUUGGUGAUAAUGUUGGAUCAGUCUCAGACUUGCUAGGACGCCCAAAACCCUGGAAUAUAUUAACAUCAAAAGGCCGAGAACCCUAUGUUCGAAUGUAUCUAUUUUUGGAGCAGCAACAAAAACGAAGUGAAAAUGAAGGAGAAAAUGGGAGAAUUGAACAAAAUGAUGAUUUAGACUCACAGAAGUCUUUAGAUUUAAGACUUGAAGACAUGACAGAAGAUUCUAGUUCGACUAAGGGUGAAUGUGGGGAAGAAAAUGAAUUAAAUGAAGAGGAAGAAGAGGAGGGAUGUUCAACUAAAUUGAGAAUGACUGAGGAGGAAGAGAGGGAAGAGGAUGAAGAGAAGGUUUUUGAAGAAGAAAUUGAAGGGGAAGAAGAGGAUGGUAGAAAAGAGAUGAGGGAAGUAGGGAUUGAUUUGAAUGAAGAUAAUGGUAUAGAUGAGGAGAAAAGGGAGGAUAUCGAAGAAAAUAGGGGUGAGAAGGUCAAGCGGACAGCGUCUUGUACUUCUUCAAGUGAUGAUCAACCUGCAGCUAAGAGGCCUAAGAGAAACCCUAAUGAUAUAUCUGCUACAUCAGAAACUAAUUCCUUAGAUCAAAUAGACACUGCGGAUGUUGCAAGACGAAUAAGGGAAUGUCUUGCACGUAGUGGAAUAUCGCAAAGGGCAUUUGCUGAACACUUAUUAAAAAUGACUUCUGGAGGGUUCUCUGAUUUAUUAACUAAAGCACGGCCUUGGGUAAUGCUUGGAUGGAAACAUCGACAAGCUUAUCAAAUAAUGGUUGAAUUCCUUGCUGAUCCCGACGCUGUAGAACGUUUGCGUGAUGAUGAACGCCAUCGUUGUGAAAUGAAUAAUGCAUUAAACGCUCUUCGAGCGAUUGCUGCUGUUGCGCCUCCAAUAAAUGAAGAAAUUGAAGAAGCAAAUAACAACAAUAUUUUUGAUCAUCACCUCAACAAUAAUAAAAAAUAUUAUUCUUCCUCUUCUUCCCCAUCUUCUAGACUUUCACCUUUUACUUCUACAACAGAUCCUUUAAUUUCUGCUACUUCCACAUUACAAAUUGUAUCAAAUUUAGCCAAUGAAUUGGGGGUAAAUACUCCGAUUGGAACUAUUUUAAAGAAGGCGAACUCUCCAAAUCCGGCAAUUUCAACUUCUAAUGGAGUGCAUAAUAAUAAUUCAACAAAUAAAAGAAAAUUAAGUACUCCAACCUCAAUAAAUAAUAAUAAUUCUUUGAUCAAAUCAACAAAUACAGCAACAACAAAUCCGAUAAAUGCAAGUGCUCCUCCUUCAGCAACUAAAAGACUUCCACGUUUUCAACGAACAAUAAUCACCGAUCGGCAAAAAGAAGCUUUAAUAUUUAUUUAUAUACACGAACAAAGACCAAACUCAAAAUUAAUUGAGCAAUUGGCAGCAAAAGUUGGGUUGCAGCCACGUACUGUUAAUAAUUGGUUUCAUAAUCACAGAACUAGAAAUAAGGAAAAACAAGUCAAAACUGAUGGAGGAGAAGAAGAAAUUAUAACAACAAUUAAAACUUCCCAUUCAACAACCCCAACACCCGCCCAAGUUUUAAGUCGGGCAUUGAAUGCAACUGAUACAAAAACAACAAAAUGGUUUAGGGAGCUUGCUGAAUUAUUACACGUAAAUAACGAAAAUAUAACAACAACAAAUAAUAAUAACAAUCAGGACCUUUCAAAUUAUUAUUAUUUGUCUAAUAUUCUAAAAAAUGACUCAAAAAAUGAAGAUAGUUCCCCACCACCAAAUAAAAUUUUUAAAGAAGAACCGGAACAGAUAACCGGAAAUAAUGAUGUUAAUAGUAGUCCAAUUUCUUCUCCAACAGCUUCUACUAAUAUAAAUAAGACUUCAAAUAGUUUAUUGGAUCGAGCAAUUGCACGAAUGCAUAAUAGAAUAAAAACUGAGAGUGUUUAA